AUGGCUUUGAUAUUGAUGCUUUUUCAAGAAAACCGAGAUGUUCCAAGGAGGUUAUUCGGGGAUCGCCAAAAUUCAUUGGAUUUUCUAAGUGACCAAGCGAUCGUGAACGAUUAUCGCCUUGAUAGGGAGUCUAUAUUUGAAAUUUGUAACUUACUCCAAAACGACAUUUCAAGAAUAACGAGGAGAAGCAGAGCUCUUCCGGUUUCCCUGCAGACUAUGGUUGCUUUGCGAUAUUACGCCAGUGGAAGCUACAUGUCCGUCAUUGGGGAUGCACAUGGGGUGAGCAAGAUGGCGGUAUCUCGCGCUGUAAGGGAUGUGUCACUGAUUCUUUCACGUCAUGCUAGAACAUAUAUAAAGUUUCCCUUGACUGAUCAGGAACAAGUUAAAGUAAAACAAGAUUUCUUCAGGAUUCGAGGAUUCCCAAAUGUUCUAGGAGCCGUGGACGGCAGUUUAAUUCCCAUACAUACUCCGUCCGUGGAAGAGCAUCUAUACGUGUGCAGAAAAGGUUUUCACGCUUUGAAUAUACAAGGGAUCUGCGAUGCAAACUACCAAUUCUUAAAUGUCGUUGCGAAAUGGCCCGGCUGUACACACGAUUCUCACAUUUGGAAUAAUUCUGGCGUGUGUAAUGCCUUUGAGACCGGCCAAAUUCAUAAUGGUUAUCUCCUCGGAGACAGUGGCUAUGGUCUUAGACCGUGGCUUUUGACCCCAAAAUUGGCACCAGCGUCACCUGCGGACAGAAGGUAUAACGUCGCACAUCGGGCCACUCGCUGCGUGAUUGAGAGAACAUUUGGAAUCUGGAAAAUGAGAUUUCGAUGCCUUUUCAAAGGGCUUACUUUGUCCCCUGAGAGAUCAACUAGGGUGAUAAUGUCGACAGCAUUAUUGCACAAUAUUUGCAUGAAGAAACAACUGCCUUGCGAGGAUGUCUCUGAUGAAAAUGACGACCCAGAGGAAGAUAUACAAGAUCAGUACCAGCCGGAUUCACAGUCGGGCAUCCAAGCUAGAGAAAACGUAAUAGCAACAACCUUUGGACAAUAG